AUGGUUCCUCCUCCACCCGCUUGGGUCCAGGCGUUAAAGCCAUCAUCACCCCAAGGUAGCGACAUUCUGCGGGAUGAGCGCGCUCAGUCCGGACUUACUGUGGAUGCUCUUGCCGAAUUCCUGCACUCAAAGGAAAAGCUGGAGGCCCAGGACCGCAUAGUCUCCAUUCUAGCAUCGGAGAACAUAUUCGACAAAUCCCAAAGUCAGUCCAUGGGACGUCCGGAAAGGAUUCAGAGGGCGCUUUUAAAGGGAAAAAGGCUGCUGCAGCUGCGCAAACAGCUAAAAUGGAGCGAAAAAGAGUACCUUAUGGCUAUUGAGAUGAUCGGAGAGCCAACUCCAUAUGGACUACAUGAUACUAUGUUCUUGAAAACGCUCCGCGAACAGUGUACUCCUGAACAGAGAACGCUAUUUCUGGAUAAGGCUGAAAAGUACGAAAUCAUUGGCUGUUAUGCACAGACCGAACUAGGUCACGGCUCCAAUGUCCGAGGCCUGGAGACUACCGCCACUUGGAAUUCCAACAGCAAGACGUUUACCAUCAACUCCCCUUAUCUCACUGCCUCAAAAUGGUGGGCUGGAACAUUGGGCCGAACAGCGAAUCAUGCGGUGGUCAUGGCUCAGCUUCACAUCGACGGGAAGAACAUUGGCCCGCAUCCUUUUGUGGUGCCCAUCAGAGAUAUGGAUACGCAUCAACCUUUCGAUGGAGUAUAUGUUGGGGAUAUCGGCCCAAAAUUCGGUUAUAACACCAUGGACAACGGUUUCAUGCUGUUCAAUCAUUACCAGAUACCUCAUGUCAAUAUGUUGGCCCGUUUUGCUUAUGUCGACAAAGAGACCAACAAAUACGUUCAGGCAGCUUCGCCUACUCUUUUGUAUGGCACUAUGACUUGGGUGCGGUCUAACAUCGUUCUAGAUGCCGGUAAUAUAUUGGCUCAUGGAGUUACCAUUGCUACCCGGUAUUGUGCAAUUCGAAGACAGUUUCAGGACCGUGAUGCAAAGUCUGGAUCCGAUGAGAAUCAGGUCCUUAACUAUCAAAUGGUGCAGAUACGCCUGCUGCCAUUGCUUGCAGCAAUGUAUGCUCUGCACUUCACCGGUCGCGGUAUGAUGCAGCUCUACGAAGAGAACCAGGGUCGGAUGUCUGCAGGAAAGCAGACAGGAGGAGACCUGCUGGCAGAGCUGCACGCCUUCUCUUGUGGCUUGAAGGCAUUGGCUAGCACAACGGCGGGGGAGGGUCUCGAGACUUGUCGACGGGCCUGCGGCGGGCAUGGUUACAGCAGCUUUAGUGGCAUUGGGCCGUUAUAUGCUGACUACCUUCCAACACUGACAUGGGAAGGAGAUAACUACAUGCUCACCCAACAGGUGGCAAGGUACUUACUCAAGUCGGCCCGUGAAGUCUUACAGGGUAAAGUCUCAGGAAACGACACCGGAGCUAUUCUACACACUUAUGUAUCCCGAAAAGAGAAGGGGGCUUCGUUUGAUAUUCUUGAGAAUGACGCUGAUAUUGUGGCGGCUUUCGCCUGGAGGACUGCUCACAUGACCUUUGAGACGCUCGAAUACCGCGAUCAAGAGAAAAAGACCUGGAAUAGUUUGCAAGUGAACUUUUGGCGCUUAGCCACUGCUCAUUCACAAUACCUGGUCGUGAAAACCUUCUAUGAAGCCCUGUCCUCUGGCCGAAUGCGAUCGACACUCAAUUCGCCCACUAUCUCUAUCCUACGCAGUUUGUUCCGGCUGCAUGCUUUGCACACAUUGGAGCGGAAUGCUGGCGAUUUCGUCGCGGCGGGCGCUGUUACAGUUCGCCAGGCCAACUUGACACGCACCAAAACCGUUCUGCAAUUGUUGGAGGAUAUCCGUCCUCACGCAGUGUCUUUGGUGGACGCGUGGAAACUACCCGAUUGGCAGUUAAACAGCAGCCUGGGCCGUUAUGAUGGAAAGGUGUAUGAGGAUCUGUUCCGCCGGGCUAGCCAGGAGAAUCCUGUGAAUGAGCUUACUUUCGAUCCCUACCCUACCAAUUUUCGGGCGACGAAAGAUGGACCUCUUAGUAAGCUAUGA